AUGUGCAAGCUGGCGCGUCAUUUCUUCAGGCUACAAACCGACAGAGAGAUAAUGGAGAUAAUUCCACGGAAUGGUAUAUUUGUGGCAAUAUUUCUGUGUAUAGGUGUUGCAAAUACGGUCGCGUAUUCAAAAUUUGGAAGAAAAUGCUCAGACAUAGGGUGUCCGAGUAACCAAGUAUGUGUACUUGUUGACGAACCAUGUACUCGCGGCAAUACUGGUAACUGUGGAUCAUACCCAACGUGUACAAAUAAACCCGCUGGCGGUGGUGGAUACGAGUCUGGCGGAUCUUCGGUAAAUGGACACCGUAUUGACAACAAUUAUAAUCAGGAUCAUCCGUUUAACAAUGCAAAUGCACCGCCACCUGAACACCAUGACUCUGGAUAUAAUCAAAAGCCAGGCAACUCAGAUCUUGGUUAUCCAUCUUACCCAUCGACCAACAAUGGAGGGCAUUACUCUCCUCCAAAUUCAGGAGCUCCUGGGUCGAAUCUUGGUUAUCCGCCGUACCCAAACCAAAACCGCAUGCCUCAGCCAGGAUACUAUCCGCAAAAUAACAACGGGUAUCCGAAUUAUCAACAGCCGGGAUUAAACAAUCAAUAUCCGAGUCAUCAGUACAACACUCAUAAUUAUAACGACAGAAAAUAUUUACGCGCUCCUCGAAGACCCGGAGUCGGAGGACGAGGAAAUGGUGAUCGUGGACGUCCUUACGUAGCGCCUCAGCCAAUCCCACCAACACCGCCACCUAGAUCGUCUUCCAGAGGAUAUGGUAAUCGUUAUCCGUACAAUGUGCCUAAGCCUAUAGUACCAACUCCUCCACCAAGACCCUUCUACAGUGGAAAUGGUGGAUAUGGCCGUUCAAGUAACUCAAUAGGAACUCCUGACUCUGUAUGGAAUCGUGAUUACGACAGUACCAACAGAGGUGGUGGAUCAGGACGUCGAGGACAAAGACCAACGCACGAGCAGAGUAAGGACGUUCUUUACCCUCAAAAUUCUGCUAGUGCACCUGAACCUGGACAUUCUAACAACUCACCUGUCCCUUCUGCACCAGUGAGUCUACCGAAUCAGCCAUCAAAGCCCUCUGGAUAUCCUACCGGUUCUGUUUAUCCACCUAAUCCGUCAGGAGGUGCUAGUUAUCCAAGUUACCCAUCGUCAGCUCCCAGUUAUCCGUCAUCAGGUUCUAGUUACCCAAGCUAUCCAUCACCAGGUUUUAGUUAUCCAAGCUAUCCAUCAUCAGUAGGUUCUAGUUAUCCAAAUUAUCCAUCUUCAGGUUCUGGUUAUCCAGCAGAUACCACCAGAAAACAAAACAUGGGUACUGUUAACGCUGGUUAUCCUAGUACUGGUCAACAAGCUCAGUAUCCUGCUGGCGGAAGUUACUAUCCUCAAGGUGGAUAUCCUCAGAGUAAUUAUCCACAAUCUGGGUACCCUCAAAAUUCCUAUCAGGGCCAAUAUCCCCAAAAUCCAUAUCCGGGCCAGUAUCCCCAAAAUCCUUAUCAAGGACAAUAUCCUCAGCAACCUCAAAAACCAAAAAAGCCUAGUUUCACAGAUCAAUUGACGAAUUUUGCCAAAAAUAUUGCAACGCGUGUUUUAACUCAAGCUGUUAUUGAUAAAAGAUAUUAUUAA